AUGCUUUUCAAACAACUUGGUUCUCUCAACCCACCUCAAACUAAUAGCCGAGCAGGUAUCGUGGAGUAUCUAAAGGCGGUCAUAGGUAGAAAUAUGCUAAGCUUCACCAACAAGCGAGAUAACAAACAAGAUUACAGCAUACCAACGGUCAUUGGUGGCAUUGGCAUUGGUAAAACUAGAGUGGGAGAAGAGACCUUUAUUUCUUUGGUAUCAAAUAGUGAGGUUUCUUCAUGUUGUAAAAAUUUUGACAAAUUUUGGUAUGUCAAAUUUGAUUUCGCAGCAAGCGAUAAACCUUUGGAGGGCGAGAGAGCUUCACAGUUCAUUGGAAGAUGUUUGGUGUCACGUUUCUUCUAUGGGACUUCUUCAGCACACGCCAAGACUAAUAUCCCAGAGGCCUCUGUUCUUGAGGUGGUCAACUUGAUUGAUAAACUCUAUGUGGACCAAAAGGGAGAAAAGGCUCUUCUCAUUCUCCAUCUUGACGAGUAUUUCAUGCUUCCAUUGCCAUUACUCAACGAAUUGGUUUCGUGCUUGGCAGAUCUCAUGCUCCAUCCUCCCACAACUAUCAGUGGCCAGUCCACUGUCAUUCACAACAUUUGUGUUGUUCCACUCAUGACUGGCACUGAUCUCGACUCUGCAAACACCUCCAUAUACUUCUCCAAACUAAUCCCACGCGAUGUCCGUCUUAUCCCACUAUCUGAUAAAGAUACGAGCGACCUUUUGGCGACGAGUGCCAAUUGGAAUACUCUUUCCAAAUCUCUGCCAUAUCACUCACAGGUGGUGGUAUCAUAUUUAGGAGGAGUCCCCCGAAUUAUAAAGGCCUUCUUAGAUGCUUGUAAUGGCUCCACACCCCUUCAUGACCACAUUCGAUGGCUAGGGGAAGUUCUUAGGGUGACCACCAACUUAAUCUCAUCGAACUAUAACAUUCAUUCUUGGAGCCAAGUUUUUGGGGCCUCGCUGGUCGGUCUCCGAACACUCCUCAAGAUCGCGCUCUCGUCUUAUGCCGUUAACCGAGGAUAUCCUUUGAACGGCAAAACCAUUAGACAAGUAGAGUCAACCGGUCUCCUAAUGUUGAUCAAGGUUGGUGUUACUCCUGGAUGUGGCAAUUUUGACCACCCCUCCUCCUCUGACGAUCAACAAAAGUACACAGUACAUGUACCUCUGGCCCUCCUCCGCGCGAUCAACCAGGAACUGAAAGAUGUUGAUGAUUCGGUUUUGGAUCCCUGCCUCUAUUCCAACUCUGCCAACUUUGAAGUUCAUAUGAUGCCCCAAAUCAGAGUUUAUCGUCAAAACCUUCUCGUCUCACUGAGUGACACCCCUGUUCAAGUGAGAGAUUUGUACCCCCAUGCAAUCGGAUUCAAUUCGACUCUAUCACUCACAGUUCCCAUCAAACACCUCCAAAUUGUUCAUGACUCGGAGACUCUAGCCACAAUACCCCCAACAUUAGUAUCAAUUUUGGGAAGUGACCCACCAAGAGCCGUUGACAUCACCACCGGAGUAUUUGUUAUCAACAAACGUAUGGCCUCCCAUGCAGAUGCUAUUGUCUAUCACUCAUCGGACUUGGUUGAAACGAUCCAAUACAAAUCAUCGGACAAUACAUCGCAACACUUUGCCCCAAUCGCAGAUUCACAAGGUGUAGUUAAGCUUGCCGACAUCAUCUCUGAGUGGAAAAAGAUCGAAGGAAGCGUCACUAUACCCAACUGCACAGUGCUUUUCCCUUUCAUUUCCAACAAGCCACUCGCUGUAAAUUACCAAAACAAAGAGCAAACACUCUUUGCCAGACUUGAAGAAUAUUUCUCUGACCCAUUGAAUGAGGGAAAACCUUUUCACAACUAUGGAAGAGACUAUUAUAUCCCAAGCAGAAUUGUUCUUGUUGUUAACGAAAACUUCAGUCGUUAUGCUUCGUGUUUUGCAACUCCCUCUCUAUACAUCCCAUACAAAAUGAAACAAUAA